AUGGAGUGUGUAAACGGAGUUCAAGGUAUUAAGGAACUUAUUCAAGAAGGAACCCCGGUUGAUGUACUUGAAGGUGAUGGAGACAAUACAUUAAUGUCUCGUCUUCGUACUGACUUACAUAUUAAUGUUAAGAAGCGUUAUGACAAAAAUCACAUAAAUCAAGGCAACAAAGAGGAGUUGAAAGAAAACCUUCAGGCAUUAAUUCCACACCAGUUUGGAGACCAUAAAUUGUGCAAGGCACGUUUUUGUGGAUACAAGAGGAACCCCAGUGAAAAAUAUCAACACCGCAGUCUGCCUUAUAAAAGUCAUUUGAAAGAUCCUCAGUUACGACAAGAUUUAGGGAAACUUUUUGAGACAGUUAUUUCAAAUGCUGAGCAGUAUGCAGAUUUAGGUUCCUCACAGCAGUGUGAACAUGCUAAUAGGCAGGUUACUCUCCGGGCUCCCAAAUCAUUACAUUAUGGAGAUUCCGAGUCGCUCGACUAUCGAGUCCAUGCCACUGCAGCAUUUAUUAAUGAAGGACGCAACUACAUUUCUCAGGCCAAUGAAAAAGCUGGUUUAUCUCCGGGACACCACACUGUGAAAUAUGCUGAAAGGACUCUGAAGCAGAGAAGGAAGUCGCAGGCCAGAACACAACUUCCUUCCACAAAACGUCGACGACUGAUUUUGAAGCAAGAGAGGGCCAUUACUCAAGGUGCACAGGACACACUUGAGGGAGAUUCUUAUGAGUCGGGUAUUGGGCUCAAUACAGACCCAGAUAUUGAAACAUUGCCAGACGCAGUAGCACCUGGGAAUUUUUCACCAAUAGUACUACCAUCCCCUGACAGUGCAACAAUGGUUACCUUUGAUUUGGAGACAACAGAUCUUAUUCGAGGAAGACGGAUGCCACAUAUAACACAGAUUGCAGCUGUGGAGCUUAGCAGUGGUAACACCUUCAAUAGUUAUGUUUCUCCAAAAUCACCCCAAACAAACGCUGCAAAAGAAAUCACCAGAAUCAUAGCACACGGGGAUGGCAGCAUGUCUGUUGACGGCAAGGUGGUGAAGCCUGAUAGUAUACAUACAGCUGCAUCAAGAUUCCUACACUGGAUGGGGAAGUUCCAUGAUGUUUUUCUUAUUGCGCAUAACGGUCGGCGAUUCGACUUUCCUGUGCUGUUGACUACAUUGAAAAACAUACAUAAAGAACGAGAAUUAUGUGAUAUCGUCACAGGCUGUCUAGACAGUAUCCAUCUUUUCAAAAAAGCAUAUCCAGGACAGGAUUCAUACAAACAGGAAGACCUUUUCCGUUCUGUGUUGCAGGGAACCUAUGAAGCACACAAUGCUAUUGCGGAUGUGCAGGCCUUAGGAAAACUUGUUAGUAGCACAAACCUUUCCAGAAGUGAUUUACUAUCUUUCAGCUUUUCACCCCAUUCAGUGCUGUGCCAACUUGAUUAUAACACUGAAAAGGCUAAAAACUACAGCUCCUUGGCAUCACUGGUUGAUAGGAAAAUCCUAUCAAAGUGUAUGGCGGAAAAAAUUGCGGGAUCAGGGCUGACACUUUACCAUCUUCAGGCAAUAAUGAGACGUGAUGGCGAAGAUGGACUAAGGAACACUUUUCUAUUAAAAAAUAAUGAAGGACAGAACAGGGUGAAAUGUACAAAGAAAGCUCUUGACAAAACAAUCACUAAUCUGGUGAAUGCACGUCUUGAGGCUUGAAUGAUUUUCUUCACUUUUGCUACAUUCCCCGUCUUAUUUUAAGCGGGUAGGGGUAAGUUAUAACCAAUAGAAGGAAAAAUAAACGGUAAAAUUCUUUUUUUUGGGGGGUUUAAAAUGAGAACUAUGCAUAUAGCAAUAAACAGAAUAAGACAAUAAGAGACCCCUUAAAUCUGAAUUAUUUUCAUAUGAAAUUUUUACACUUUGUUGCCGCACUAUUUUGGCCAAAUAAUCAAAUUUUUGCCAUGUUUUUUCCUUACAAAUAUACACACAUUCUUUAUUUUUGUGUAUUUUUCAUAAAUAUCAAUCUGCUUUAAUAAUUCCAUGUAAUAAAUUCUAUUAUAGAUUUAUUAUUUUAGGGAAAUAUUGAAAAAUGGACUUUUGCCGUACUUUUUAUUUGAAGGGGGUAGGGGUAGGUUAUAACCUAUAGAAGGAAAAAUAAACGGUAAAAUUCUUUUUUUUUUGGUUUAAAAUGAGAACUAUGCUUAUUGCAAUAAACAGAAUAAGACAAUAAGAGACCCCUUCAAUCUGAAUUAUUUUCAUAUGAAAUUUUUACACGUUGUUGCCGCACUAUUUUGGCCAAAUAAUCAAAUUUUUGCCAUGUUUUUUCCUUACAAAUAUACACACAUUCUUUAUUUUUGUGUAUUUUUCAUAAAUAUCAAUCUGUUUAAUAAUUCCAUGCAAUAAAUUCUAUUAUAGAUUUAUUAUUUUAGGGAAAUAUUGAAAAAUGGACUUUUGCCGUACUUUUUAUUUGAAGGGGUAGGGGUAGGUUAUAACCUAUAGAAGGAAAAAUAAACGGUAAAAUUCUUUUUUUUUUUUGUUUAAAAUGAGUACUAUGCUUGUAGCAAAAAAUCUAAUAAGACAAAUAUGAGUGCCCCUCAUAUUUUACAGAUUUAUAAACUGUUCAAAAAUAAAUAGUAAAUGCUCGAAAAUUGAUUUUGGAGCAGUAGUAAUAUGAAAAAUGUAAAAUUUAACAAUAAAACUUGCUUUGAUAUA